AUGGAAGAGAAUACUCAGCUUAAAGUCAAAGUAACUAAAUUGGAAUCUGAUUUCUUAGAAAUUAAAAAGCGAACUCAAACCAUUACUAAUACACAUGAAGUAAAGCUUCAAAUUCCCGAUUCAUCCUUAGAUUAUUCAGAAGAAACGAAGUCUCGAGUUUCUAACUCAUUACAAGUAACUUCUUUACCUAUUGGAGAGCACUCUGUCAAAGAGACUCUGUCCCACUGCGAAACAAAAGACUCUGUAACUACUAACAUUACACCUGUAACUCCCGUGCAGAUAGGAAAUUCAUCAGAUAGUGCAUUUAAUUCUGAAUCAUGUAGUGAAAAAGUGAGACCAAAAGUCCCACUCGAGCAAAACCAAUCAGUGUCGGUACAAAAACAUAUAUCUAACCCUGCUAAAUUGAGCGACUGCGAAGUGGGACAAGUUCAAGCACUACCUGAAGAGACAAAAGUUUUGCAUGAUUAUAUAGUCGCCCAAGAUUUUAUACAAGAAGUGUCUUCAGGAUUCACAGAUGAGGAUGUCAUCGAAGUUAUUGAUGGAAACUUAAUACUUACUACCAAUACGACAAUAGAAGUUGAGCUAGCUCAUUUUGAAACUGAAAAAGUGAGACCAAAAGUCCCACUUGAGCAAAACCACGUUGUCAAUUCUGUAUCUAAUACAAAAUCUACUAAUUUUAUUGGCAGAUCUGACAUGACCAAGAAGACCUCGCUGACACCUCAGGUAAGUGCACCCCCUAUAUUUGAACCAGAAGUCAAGGUAAGUAUACCAUCUGCAUCUCAACCCAAGAAGACCCCAUCUAAAAAACAGAUUAAUCGUAAGAAUAACCAUACAGAUUUUCGUAAGAAAACAUUGGAACAAUAUCCCGAUAUAUUUUAUGAAUUUAAUGAUGAAAAUAUUGAUUAUUACAGAAUUACCGAUGAGACAUUAUGCCCUUUAUGCAAGUUAGACCAUGAUGAUGAGGAAGGCAUAAAAGGUGAAUAUAAAGAUGAAACUUACUAUAUUAAAUGUGAGCAACACGAAAUUCAAAUAACUGCAUAA